AUGAGAAAUCCGCUCGCGAGGAGUUCUAUUGCGAAGAUUAUAUUUUUUAUCAUAGGCCUUUAUAUAAUAAAAAUUCUCAACGAAGAACAUAUCGAGCGAAAGAAAAGCCGCGAAAAUAUUCGCCCCGGACAUUCGCGAGAACUUGGACAAGAUUUUUUAGCGAAGCAAUCACAGGACUACAAAUUGUACGAAAAACACCGUCGAUUUCCGGAUUUUCUGAUCGUCGGCGCUUCAAAAUGCGGAACCAACGUUUUGAAACACUAUCUUCAUGGGAACCCUUAUUUUGUUCACACAAAUAUUGAAGACCCGCACUACUUCGAUAACAUGGAGCAUUUCAAAUCUGGUCCAGAAUAUUACAUGUCGCUGAUGCCUAAGGUCUACCCUUAUCAUCGCGUUUUCGAGAGUACUCCGAGCUAUUUUUCUUCAAAACUCGUUCCUGGGCGAGUGUAUGAUUUCGACUCGUCGAUGAAAAUCGUCAUCCUCGUUUGCGAUCCGAUUUCUAGAGCUCUUGCGCACUAUUUUUCAGCAGAAAGCACGAAAAUGGAAAACGGCGAAGAACACCUUCUUCCCCGAAAUUUCGUCUUCACCGCCACCACCGCCGAAGAAGGCCUCAUGGAUGCAAUCAAAGAAAUAUUCCCUUCCGUCGUCGUCGAAAUGAUGCAAAACGACCCUGAUUUCAACACCGAGGACGUGCGCGAUCUGCUGCAUCAAUACUUGCACCAAAACGGAGAUCGAAAACCGGCGAAUUUCUUGACUCGCGGCGCAUACGGAUAUCACAUUCGACAUUGGUUCAAGUACUUUCCACGGGACCAAAUCUUGAUCCUGAACGAAAACGACCUCAGAAAAGAGCCGUGGAAAGUCUUGAAUAAGGUCCAAGAAUUCGCAGAUGUAGACCAGCUGAUCAACAUUUCUUCCUUCGUCAAAAACGAGACUUCUGGUUGGUAUUGCCUUCAUGGAAAAUCAUCAGAUCACGUGCCAAACUGCGCAAUUUCCGACCCCGUCAAUGAUUCCCAAAAACGCAUCAACGCCGAAUUCACGCCUCAAACGAAACAAGUCCUGUCGAAAAUCUUCAAAUCAGUAGAAGACGAUUUGACGGAAGUUUUCGGGCACAAGUUCAAGUUUGUAAGAGAAACUGCUUAA